CUCUCCCUCUUUCCUUCUUGCUUUCUUUUCUUUGUUGUUUUUUUUUACUCUGUCCCUCUCUCUCUCUCUCUCUUUGGGAAUGCCAACCACACACUCUCUGCUUUCACCUACCUGACACCCUCUCAUCGCCACUAAAAUAAGGAGAAAAUUUAAAAACUCAUAACAGACAUACAUUCUAUCAUAUCAUCUCUCUCUACAGGCAGCACACGCACAUAUACACACAGUUUCACUCUCUCUCUCUCUCUCGACCUCACUCUCACACAUCUAGGAUCUGUGUGAAAAGAUAAAAUAGAUCGAUCGAUCGAUCGGUCAAUCAAUCAAUCAAAUCACAAGGUGGGGAUGUCGUCGUCCUCCAUGUUUGGGCUAGACCACCUGCAACCUGAGCAGUUGUGUUAUGUCCAUUGCAACUUUUGCAAUACCGUCCUGGCGGUGAGCGUUCCCUGCAGCAGCCUGUUCAAGAUCGUCACCGUGAGAUGUGGCCAUUGCACCAACCUCCUCUCCGUUAACAUGCGGGCCCUUCUCCAGCCACCACCACCACCUCUGCCACCCCCGCCACCGACACCACCAUCUCUCUCUAGCCAUCAAUUAUUCCCUCCCUCUCUUAAUCUGCCUGUUGUUCGUCAUGAUCCACAGGGGGAAAUCCCAGCCGCUGAGAGCAUGAUUCUCGAGCAUUCGAUCAUGAAGGAUUCGGCUGCAUCGUCGGUGAGCCGUGUGGCAGAUCACACCAACAUGACGACGACUACGAGGACGCCGACUGUCAAUAGGCCGCCCGAGAAGAGGCAGAGGGUGCCUUCUGCGUACAACAGGUUCAUCAAAGACGAGAUCCAACGAAUCAAGGCAGGAAACCCAGAUAUCACCCACCGGGAAGCAUUCAGCACAGCUGCCAAGAAUUGGGCACACUUCCCCCAUAUCCACUUCGGUCUCAUGGCUGAUCAGAACAUGAAGAAAACCAACCUACGCCAGCAGGUAGUUGCAGACCAUUGCUUCAACAUGAAGGAGAUGACAUGAUACUCUCAGAUGGCUUCUUCGGCACUGCCAAUAUGGGAGUCACUCCCUACUAAUCUCUCUCUCUCUCUCUCUCUCUCAUGUUAAGCUUGAAAGACAUGCACAAUCUAGUCAUGUUGAGCCGUUCUCUGUUUACGUGCAUUUAGCUUUGCGUCGUUGAAAUCAAUCAGAAGCAAACCUUUGCUUCCAUUCC